GAGAGAGGGAGAGAGAGAGUCGGAUUAUAUAGCAUUAGGAAGGCUAGUGCUGAAUAGUCAGUGUAUAUAUUACAGCAGCGAAUCAUAAUGGACUUCGCUCGGUAACUUUACAUUUUAAAUGAUUAGGUUUGAAUAAUGUCACUAUUUAUUUAUAAUCCGAUCAUCGUGUUUAAAACGAUACCAAAAUUUAUUAUUUUAAAUAACGUCAUUCCAAUAUCCGGCCAAAUGUAACGAUUUAUAUGAUUCUAAGUGAUUGCCUUGCAAAGUACUAAUCAAAUCAACAGAAAUAGAAAAGUUAUAGAUUGUGAAACAACUAGUACAAGAAAGUUAGAUUAUAUUUUCAUAACAUUUAUUAAUAAAUAAGAUAGAGACAACUAUAAAACGGCAUAAGGAUGUCAAAGCGACUCAGCUUUUAUGCUCUGGUUGGCCUGGUGUCCCUCUGCAUCUUCUUCUUUGCAUUCAAUCAGCGUUACAGCAGCUAUCUUGAACAUCGACUACAGCCGGUAUUAUCGGUCAGUAAUUAUUCGGAGGACGUUGAAAUAAGGCCACGAAUCGUCAGAAUCCCAGAAUCUGUAACGGCAUACAUCAGAAGUGGAAACGACAAUGCUACGGUUAUUGAAAUACAAGAAGUCUUAGAUCAGCAAAGGAGAGCCAUAGAAAGGGAGAUGCAAAAUUACGAGUAUCCUAAUGGAAAAUAUGGUCUCAAUAUUAGUAAAUUGGAUGACUUAGUUAUGGAAAAAGGUGGUGCUCCAAUGAGAAGUAUAAUUUUAACAAGUUGGCGAAGUGGUAGCACAUUCCUUGGUGAUGUCAUAAAUGCACAUCCAGCAAAUUUCUAUCACUAUGAACCAUUGCUUGAUUUUGGAAUUGUACAAAUCAGAGGUCCGCCACUCGCAGAGGAAGCACUGGAAAAUAUUGAAUCUUUAUUAAAUUGCAAUUUUCAUAAUCUUGAUAGGUAUUUAACAUAUGGAAAAACUCAUCCAUGGGUCUUUAAUCACAAUACACAUUUAUGGCGUCAAUGUCAAAUACAUAAAAAAAUAUGUUGGGACUCCCGUUUUGUUUCAAAAUUCUGUCUAUUAUUUCCAUUUCAAUCAAUGAAACUUGUUCGUUUAAGAUUACGCGCUGCAGAGGAUCUUUUAACUCAAAAACGUUUAGGGAUAAGAUUAGUAUUAUUAAUACGUGAUCCACGAGGAAUUUUACAAUCAAGAAAGCAUAGAGAAUGGUGUCCUACCAGUCCUGAUUGUUCAGAUCCAGCUUUGGUCUGUGCCGAUAUGGUUUCAGAUUUCAGUGUUGCAGUACGUUUGAUAAAAAAGUAUCCACAUUCCUUCAGGGUGGUGCGAUAUGAAGAUCUAUCAGUAGAGCCAUAUAAAUAUGUGAAAGAACUUUAUACAUUUUACGGCUUGGAUUUUCAUCCUAAUGUAAAAAGAUUUUUAGAUACUCAUACAAAAAGUGACGUUGGUGGUGUAUCGAGUACAUUUCGUAAUUCUAAAGUUGCCCCAUUUCAUUGGCGAACUGAUUUAGAAUUUGAAGAAGUCGAUGAGAUCCAAAGAGUGUGUGGAUCGGCUAUGAGAUUAUGGGGAUAUGUAGAAGCAACUAAUGCUACUCAUCAAAAAGAAUUUAAUCCGCUUACAGAAUAUCAAUUACAGUUGUGACAUCUAAUGUAUAGAAUAUUUCCAAUGGAUACGGUGUACAGUACAGUAUUAUAAAAUAUCAAGACUAUAAGAAUUAGUUAUUUUGAUUACACGUGAAGGCACAUCAAGAUUAUUCAGAGUGUGGUACAUACACACAAUCUUGUGAAAAUAAUAUUCAUGAGAUGGUGUGCCAUAAAGAAUAUAAAUAUACUCAGGAAUAUAUUAACACGACAACAUCUGUGAAUAUUUCGAUAUUCAAAUAUCAUAGUUAGAAGAUUUUCUCACUUCUUGAUAUUUAAUCUAAAAAGACCAAUGGUGAUGCCGUUCCUCAAUUAAAAAAAUAAAGAAUAAAAUUAAGCAGAUAGCAGGAAAAACAAAUAUGGAUCUCUACAGAAAUAUAGUGCACAGUGCGUGAAAGCAAAAAUAAAUUAUGUCAUAGGUUUUAAAAUGAAAUAAUCGAACUUUGUUAGAAUCUAUAUGAAAAUGCAUUUUCGACACAAGAACUUAUUAUAAUAUCUAUUCAUAUCAGUAAAGAUCUCUAGUUAAUUAUUGAAAUUAUUGUAUAAAUCUCUCUUUGGAGAGAUGUUCUUAGAUCUGAUUAUAUUAUAUAAUGCUUAUAUCAAAUAUUUUAUGAUAUAAAAAUUGACUUUCCUUGUUUUUAUAACUAUUCCUCAUAUAUAAGUCACAAAAGUCAUAUUUACAAAAAGUAUAGCACAUUUCUUAUAUAUGUAACGAUUCAUGCCACACAUAUUUCCAUUUGAUUUAAAAAAAAAAACAAGAAUACGUUUACAUACAUUUAUAAUUUAAAUUCAUUUGAUAAAACUCUCUGUACUGUUUUUAAGUGAGUAUUUAUAGGUAACAAAAAAAAGCCUAGAGUUGAGACGUUGUGAAAUGUUAUACAUGCACAUAUGAUAAGUCGAAAAAUGUAUAAAUUUAAAAAAA